GGGGCAAAUUCACUAACCCCAGCACUUUUUUUUUUGAGGAACUUCUAUCUACUCUAUUGGAUUUCGCUUGGUCUGAGGUGGCGAAGGCAAGUUUGUCGAUAGAGGUAACGGUCAGUAAAAUCAAAAACUUGGUGAAUCUGCACAGUAACGCUCUUUCGCCAGAGUGAAAAUUCGCCUGGCAUUAGAGUGCUAAGUUGCGCCAGAGUCUAUCUCCUUGGCGAAAUUACGCCAGUAAAUCGAUAAGUAAAUCGGUGAAGCGCCAAAAUGACGUCACGCUGGCGAAUUUUCGCCAGUGUUAGCCACUUCGCCCUUUAGUAAAUUUCACCAAUGUGCUUUUGCCCAGCAACUAGGGAAAAGGAGGAUUUAAAACUAUAGGAGCAUAGCAGCAUAGUUUCUGCACAUACCCACUGCCAUGUAUUUCGCACUGUGUUUUUGAACAAAGCCGCAUUUUCAAACAGCGAUUCUCCUUGAUAUUUGGAUCAGCGCCGGAUAACGGGUUCUAUCCCAAUACAGAUCCUAUAGGUCCCUACAAAUAUUUGCUUUUAGAUAAAAGGGCAUGAAACUGAUAAAUAACGCCUUCUCGCAGAUUUCCAUUCCGACAUUAAGCCACCAUUCCUUGGAUAAAGAAAUAUUGACAGGCUGAGCAGUAGCUGCCUUCUUUGUUACUUGGGCCAAAUGUGCUACUAUGUGUCACUUCCUAAUCACUCAGAAGCCUAAACUGGGAGAAAACUCCUACUUUCAGUCCCCUUCUACCCUUGUUGUACAUGGUAUGUGCCAUACAGUGGGUGUGAUGUUUGCUUAGUUGGUCUGAUUUAAUCUGAUCCACUGAACAUAUUAAAAGAAAACAUAUGAAUGUCUACUCAGCUAUCAAGCAGGAAAAGCGCACAUAGAACAGGCAUAAUGUGUGUCUUCUCAUAGCUCUAAUGCUCUUGAGCAUUUUUCGUACAAGUUUAAUAGGGAGAUUUAACUUUCCCACGGAUUCAGGCACGGCUCACAUUACGUCACUUUUCCCCAUAAAGAAACACGGUCAUUUGUAUCAUUCGUACCUGAGAGUCACAUGCAGGAGCCAAAGCACUUUGAACUUUACAUCACAAAGGAAGUAAUGUGCCACAUUCAAUAUGGUUGAUCCGUGAGCCCAAGUCUAAGCUACGCAUUGCACGAAACUGGCUCUUCAAUCUUACAAUCCUCCAUACGGAUUGCCUGUUGAAUCUUUCCAGCUACAAAGUCUUGCCACUCCAGAGAUGGUAUUCUCUGUUUUCCACGCAAGGUUCUAGUGACGCCUUCUUGACACUCCACAUCCAAGAUGGAGGACCUAGUGCGCCGGAAGCCGGGCGCCGUCGCUCAGGUGGUGAUGCGGUAACGUACCCGUGCGUGACGCUGCCGCCCCUUUGUUGGCUCAGUGACGGGCGCUGCGCUGUUUCUCCCCAAUACCGGAACCGGGGGAGGGGGGGUCGUCCGGGAGCUGAAGACCGAGAACACUUGGAACAGUGCAGCCUGUGCGUGAGGAGGCGGAGCGGUCACUUGACCCACGGGGGCGCGCAUUUACCGGAGCGUGAGCGCGCAUAGGGGAGGGGCGGUGACUUAGUGCCCAGAGGCCUGUCUGUCCCUUAGAAACAGGGUCCUGUUGUUUUGGAAGAGCUCUUACCAGUGGGUUCCCGUAGUUCUGUUCAGAAGAGCUGAAGCCCACACACAUUUUACAGGAUAAAGGUUUACAAUAGUACAGUAAUGAUCUAGACACAGUUUAUACACAUAUAUUGUCUCCAAAGGCCAGGACCUGUUUAUAUAAUACGAUAUUAUCUUUCUAACGUACGGAAUAUUACGUGAGUAGAAGGAAAGCCUAUACACAAGGCCUGAGCUUUGUUUUCAAGCUCUAUUUAGAAGCAGAUACACAUAGAAGCAAUCAGAGGAAAGGUCUCACUAAACUGACUUGUGCAUGUGUUUGGGAAAGUGUUUCUGUAAACUCUUAACAUUUACUGUGGCAAAGAUGAACUCAGUCUCAAACACAGUUGUACAAAACUCGACUGGCUAAAGGCUUAGAAUUUGGAGGUGGUUUUACAUUGCCAGAAGUCUGUAGACCAUUAUACAUUGUCCAUGUGAUUUCAUAUAGUAUUACUGAAUUCCAGUCCAAGUUACAAAGUGUAAGAGUAAAGACAUAAAUUCGAAACCCUCAUGAGAACAGAGGACAAGCCUUUGCUACCAACAAAUCCUAGCAGCAGCUUGUCGAGACUGAGCAAGAAAGUCAUCUCCACUCUUCAACGUUUUGGAUGACAUCUUUUUCUUCUGUUGAGACUUCUACUUCAACAUUUCCUAUCAAUAUACAAUUUUCUUAAACUGUGAUUUGGGGAAGCCCCCCUUCUAAAUCAGGAACCUCUAAGUGGCCUUUCUUUGCCAGCUCAACAUGGACUCAGACGAAGGAUACAACUAUGAAUUUGAUGACGAGGAGGAGUGCAGUGAGGAGAGUGGGGCUGAUGAACAUGAAGAUGAGCUGGAGCUUGGAGAAGUGGAGCUGGUGGAAGCUGGGCUUAGUGGGUCAGAGAGAGCCGGGCUAUGUGGAGAAGGUGGUGGAAGUGCCCUUGGACCAGGUCCAGGUGGUGAGGAGGAUGAGGAUUAUCGCUAUGAAGUUCUCACUGCUGAGCAGAUCCUCCAGCACAUGGUGGAGUGUAUUCGUGAAGUCAAUGAAGUUAUACAGAAUCCUGCUACUAUAACUAGAAUACUUCUGAGUCAUUUCAACUGGGACAAAGAGAAGCUGAUGGAGAGGUAUUUUGAUGGUAACCUUGAAAAGCUCUUCUCAGAAUGUCAUGUCAUUAACCCCAGUAAGAAGUCACGGACGCGCCAGAUGAACACUCGGUCAUCUGCAUUGGACAUGCCCUGCCAGAUCUGCUAUUUGAACUACCCAAAUUCAUAUUUCACAGGCCUUGAAUGUGGUCACAAGUUCUGCAUGCAGUGCUGGGGCGAGUAUUUGACCACUAAAAUCAUAGAGGAAGGAAUGGGGCAGACAAUUUCAUGCCCUGCUCAUGGUUGUGACAUCUUAGUUGAUGACAACACAGUAAUGCGCUUGAUAACUGAUUCGAAAGUGAAGUUAAAGUAUCAACAUUUAAUUACUAAUAGCUUUGUAGAGUGUAACAGACUUUUGAAGUGGUGCCCUGCUCCAGAUUGCCACCAUGUGGUAAAGGUUCAAUAUCCUGACGCCAAACCUGUGCAUUGCAAGUGCGGUCGACAGUUCUGCUUCAACUGUGGAGAAAAUUGGCAUGACCCAGUAAAGUGUAAGUGGUUAAGGAAAUGGAUAAAGAAAUGUGAUGAUGACAGUGAAACAUCAAACUGGAUUGCAGCUAAUACCAAGGAGUGUCCAAAAUGUCAUGUAACUAUAGAGAAGGAUGGUGGCUGCAACCACAUGGUAUGCCGGAACCAGAACUGCAAAGCAGAGUUCUGCUGGGUAUGCCUGGGCCCAUGGGAGCCUCAUGGUUCUGCCUGGUAUAAUUGUAACCGCUACAAUGAGGAUGAUGCGAAGGCUGCUCGAGAUGCUCAAGAGCGAUCCCGAGCAGCUUUACAAAGAUACCUUUUCUACUGUAACCGCUACAUGAAUCACAUGCAAAGCCUGCGAUUUGAGCACAAGUUAUAUGCUCAAGUGAAGCAGAAGAUGGAGGAGAUGCAGCAACACAACAUGUCAUGGAUCGAAGUUCAGUUCCUAAAAAAGGCAGUUGAUGUGCUGUGCCAGUGUCGUUCCACACUAAUGUACACCUAUGUCUUUGCCUUCUACCUCAAGAAGAACAACCAGUCUAUUAUAUUUGAGAAUAAUCAAGCAGAUUUAGAGAAUGCAACAGAGGUUCUAUCUGGAUAUUUGGAGAGAGACAUUUCCCAGGACUCACUGCAAGACAUAAAACAGAAAGUGCAAGACAAAUACAGAUACUGCGAGAGCAGGAGGCGAGUCUUGCUGCUUCAUGUGCACGAAGGUUAUGAAAAGGACUUGUGGGAAUAUAUUGAGGACUGAUUUCCACCAUAAAGACCAACUUCUGUUGCCACCUGACACUAGAAUUCAACCUUCCAUUAAACGCAGUUCUGCCCCUGAGGCUGACCCCAUGCACAUUCAGCCGUCUCUUCCCUUUUUCUCUUGCUCUCAUCUCUUUCGCUCCUGCCAGGCCUUUGGUUGGUUUAUUUUAUUUUUGUUAAUGGAAAGUCUAAGUAAAUUAUAUUGUAAUAAUAAAAGGAAAGCAGAUAGCGGAGGAAAUGGUUUGACAGUAUUGUAGGCAUAUUUAACCCCUUGGAAGACAAAGGGCCAUAGAAGCGUUGAUCUGUGUUCUGUAAAGUUCUCAAAUGCAUAUGCUAAUCCUUGUGGCCACCAAGGGGUUAAUUUGUGUGCAGCACCUCAGCAAUUUGCAAAUUCUUCCUCUUAACUUCUGCUUCCUUUCUAAGCUGAUUUCUCCUCUUUCUCUGCUUAGAUAAGAUAGCCACCCCUUCUCUCAAUGCCUCAUCCCUUAGUCACAUCUCUGCCCUAUCUAUUGUCUCCUUCUCACUUUAAUUGCCACUGUCUUUGCCCAUUUGUUCACCUUCAACACCCCUCCCCCGUCAGUCACCCUACCCCACCCAUGUCUUACCCCAGGUUGGAGCUGAACAGCUUUCAAGAGUUUAAAAAAAGAGAGAAGAUAAAAAAGACAAAAAAAUAGCUUUGUACAUGACUUUUAAAAACAAAAGAUUAAAAUGAAAAGAAGACAGCAGUAUUUUUCAAACUUGUAAAUAGUGCAUCUGCAUGAGCAGGGAGGAGCUGGGAAGCACGGUGUUUGCAUCAUGUUUAAGUACAAAAAAAAUAUUUAUUCUUUCUUGAA